CAGGCAGUCUUGACAUAUCCAAGCGUACUCUUGAACUACAUGUUAAGUAGUCUAGGUAUCGAGGGAAUCUACAAUAAACUACUAGAUUGCAAAUUUAAGAGAAAUACGGCGGCAUUGAUUAUCUUAUUCGCUCUUAAUGGAGACGGAACGCGGCACAGCGGCCGUGUCGGUGCCAGCUCUUUUCCCAGAGCGCAAACCAAUGACGCCAGCACAAAUCGCAGCUGGCAUACAAGCAGCGCUGAUAGUGCAGCGCCGCGCGGUGACAUUCGGCAAGCGACCUUUCGCCGCAGCACUGGUAGGACCGGACAAUGACACGGUGCUACUGACGCACCAGUCCGUGGACCAAGUCAACCAUGCUGAGAGCGAGCUGGCCAGACUGGCAUAUAAACAUUAUACCAAAGAGUUCUUGUGGCAAUGCACACUCUUCAGCACGUGGGAGCCGUGCGGAAUGUGUACGGCUACCGUCUACUGGGCACAUAUCGGUCGCAUCGUCUUCGCGGCUAGCAACGACCAGUUAUACGAAUUGACCGGUCCGGGCAAUAAGGAGAAUUUCACUAUGGACUGGCACACUAGGGACGUUUUAAAGGGGUGCCCGCAGAAGGAUAUUGAGGUUAUUGGACCAUUGGAGAAAGAAGGAAAGGCGGUUGUGCAGGAAAGUGAUAUAUAUUGGAGUAGGACGAGGACUAAAAGUGGCUGAACGUCGGCUGACUGCUGUUUGGCCUGUUUAGGGCUGAAAUCGAGAUCCCUAAUAGGACAAAAACAAGCCCAGAACGGGAUAUGAGAGACGAUGAAGGCUAAAACCGCUAUGUACAUACUAUGUAGAUGAUCGAGGCGUAGGAAUAGGGGUCACAGCCAACAUAUGCUGUGACGUCAGAUCAUGUUUGCAAAACUCGACAUGGAACCGAACAGAUAUCGAAUUAGGAGACAGCUCCUAGAUUA